AUGCUCACUUUAGAUGGGGACCUGUAUGCUGGGACGUCAGUAGACUUCAUGGGAACAAACGCUGCCAUUUUUCGCACAUCUGUGCAUAGCAGCAAUCAACACUAUAUCCGCACUGAAGCUUACCAGGACCAGUGGCUAAAUGAGCCGGAGUUUGUGGGAUCAUAUUCCAUCCCUGAAACACACAGCUUGGACGAUGACAAAGUCUACUUCUUCUUCAAAGAGACCGCUGUAGAGUCCAACCAGCUCGACAAGCGUAUCUACAGUCGAGUGGCUCGUGUCUGCAAGAAUGACAUAGGUGGAAAACGAAGCUUGAUUAAUCGCUGGAGCACCUUCCUGAAGGCCAGGCUGGUGUGCUCUGUACCAGGACCUGGAGGCAUGGACACACACUUUGACGAGCUGGAGGACAUAUUUCUCUUGGAGACCAAAGAUCCACAGAAUCCAGUCAUCUACGGUGUCUUCUCCACUUCCAGCUCUGUCUUCAAAGGUUCAGCCGUUUGCGUCUAUACCAUGGCCUCCAUCCGAGCCGCCUUCAACGGGCCUUUUGCGCAUAAGGAGAGCCCUGAUUAUCGCUGGAUGGAGUACAAGGGGAAGAUCCCUUAUCCACGGCCGGGGACGUGUCCAAGUGAAACCUAUGACCCUUUGCACAAGUCCACCCGAGAUUUCCCAGAUGAUGUUGUGAGCUUCAUGAGGACCCAUCAGCUGAUGUGGGAACCAGUGAUGCCCAUCCAUAGGCGUCCUGUCUUCACUCGGAUCAACACCCCCUACAGGCUGAAGAAGCUUGUGGUUGAUAGGGUUGAUGCCGAGGACGGCCAGUAUGAUAUCUUACAUCUUGGCACAGAUGAUGGCAGAGUAUUAAAGGUGGUCUCUGUACCUAAAGAGAACUGGGAAACUGAAGAAAUCAUUCUAGAAGAGCUUAAUGUCUUCAAGACUCAAACCACGAUACUAAGCAUGGAGCUCUCCACCAAGAGGCAAGUGCUAUUUGUAAGCAGUGACGAAGGGGUCGUCCAGCUGCCUGUGCAGAGGUGUGAGCUAUAUGGUAAAGCGUGUGUAGACUGCUGUCUAGCUCGUGACCCAUACUGCGCUUGGGACGGGUCCUCCUGUACCAACUACUUCCCCAGCAACAAAAGGCGUGCCCGGAGGCAGGAUGUGAGGUAUGGAGACCCCUGGAGCCAGUGUCAGGACAUGAGAGAUGGUUCAGAGAAUGCUGAGCUGAAGACGGUUUACGCCGUGGAGACGAACUCAACCUUCCUGGAAUGUGUCCCGCGUUCACCACAAGCGACGAUCAAAUGGAUAAUUCAGCCAAACCACAGCCAAACCAGCAAAGAGUUGGUUCCAGGUGAAGAAAACCUCAUCCACAUGCAACGCGGGCUCCUCCUCCAGCACUUAGCAUCUGCUAAUGCUGGCCUGUACCUCUGCGUAGCCUAUGAACACUCGUUCUCCCGCACGCUAGCGCGCUACGAGCUCCACGUCAUCCCCCAGAACCAUAUGCCGAAAGCGCAGAACACCCAUCCCGGAAAUUACGCGACCUUGCCGCGGAGCUACAAGGAACUCCAUCUAAUGGGAGUUAGUGGGCUAACGGCCGACGAGUACUGUGAACAACUGUGGUACCGUGAAAAACGGCGACAGCAGAAACUUCGCACGCUAAAGUGGAAGCAGGUGUCUGAAAAUCGUAAAGCGAGGGUUAGGCGACAAAAUCCACCAAACGGGCCUCUAGAUGGAGGUGAAACGGCAGACUUUUGAUGAAGAGAAGGACUGUGUCACUUCAUCUGGACAAUUAGUAUCCUGUUUAUAGCUUAAAGGCUACAUUCCGACUAACUACAACAAGCGAAUGCUAAUGUUAGCACAACAACAAAGGCUACAGACUAUAAGAACUGUAUUAUUCUUCUAUUAAGUCCACACUUAAGUUUUAUUUUGUAGCCUGUGCUAGUGUUAGCAUGUAGCUUUAACACAGUGUAACCAAACAGACUGUAGCUGUGCAACUGUUAUGAAUUUGCACAGUCUGGCAUCCACAUUUCACAUACAUUUAAUUGUAUUAUAUUGUUUGUCAACCUUGAAAUACAAGCACCUAUGCUAAAUGCUAGGCAUGCUUGGAAAGCUAAUAUUGAAAAUAAGCUAACGCACUGUUUUGAGUGAAAUGUGGUGCAAAGAUGAACUGGCUUCUUUUGCUUUCACUAGGCAUGUAGAUUAAAUAGUCCCUAGAGCAUUGUAUUACUAUUAUAUUUGGACUCUUGAUACAGUCAAAUGUACAAAUUUAACGUUUGUUCUGACAACAUAAGGUGCCUCCAUGUUCAGAGGAAGUUUGCCCUGGAUGUUCCCUUCAUGUUUCCUUCCCCUUCCAGAACAAUCUCUUCUACUCUUUCCUGAGAACAUCUUUGAGUAAAUAUUGUGUUUGUUUUAUGACUCCUUUGCAAAUCUCUCCACUCUGCGCCCUUGUGUGUACAGUAUGUGUAAGAUGUGGUCGUGUGUGAAAGCAUCUGGGGAUGGUAAGUAGAAAAUGGCCUCUAAAGAUCAAAGAGCCUUUAAAUAUUCUCCGCUGCCCAUGAAAAUGACUUCCAGAAUCAUCAUGCUUUUGUUCUUCACCAUAACUAAAUGAAAAUACACUAAAUGUACAU